CGUUAUCCUACGUACCUUGGUACCCGAACAUACAGUCCCGUCCGUAAGUAAUGGAUAGCAACUGAGUUCUGAUUUUGACAAGUCCGGGUCCCACAACUGCCAUUUUGGAACGUCGCUCUUUCUUAUCACAUUGUCUAAUUCGAGUUUCCCAUGGCCACUACCUAGGUACCGGAUGGCUUGCACCCAGGAGGCUCCAGGAUACACGGUUGUUUCAGUUGAUAUUCCGCAUCUCACCCAAAUUUUUGCAAAUCCUUCCGUCAGAAGUGAGAAAUCAUGCUUCAUAUCGUCCCAAAUUCAUGACACUCUUGCCUCGUGGCUUCCCUUACAUACAAAGACGUCCCUGCCCAGUUGGUAUUUGCCUCUUACCCUACACACGCUUUCCUCGUCUAUCAAUUGUUUGGUCUCAAGACUUGGAUGAAAGAGUAACUAUUUGCCAUGGCUGCUUCAAAACGUUCGUCUGUCCCGUCAUUUGGUUUCUUCUCUUUCUCUCCUCAGGACUGGCACCUUUGGCACUUUGUUCACUUUGUUUCUUGAUUCUGUGCCAAAUUCUGCUUCUCUUUACGACCAUCAUGGAUGCGUCUUUUGCUUUCUGGUUUCCGACAGUCUGGACGAUGUUCGGGGCCAUUUUCACCAUUUUGUCUUUUGCCUUUUCCUUUUACGUCGCGGUUGUCAGAUACGAUCCCUCUGUUGAUCGGCUUCGGUGGAUGCACGAACGCCUAGAGAAAAUUUAUCUGCGCCUGGGAAGCCUGGAGGCGUUGAUGAUGGCAUUCACUCCUCAUGGGGGGUCGACUGCCGAGACGCUUCGGGACGCUCUUCGUGGGUUGACGACAGAGUUGCAGGCGUCGGCUGCUGCGACUCACGAGACCCACGCAGUGCUCACAAGAUUGACGACGGACUCACAGGAGCCAACACCCGUGCUUCUCGAGAUCUUGGCUGAACCCCGACAGCUGAGAAAGGGUGACUUGAAGAUCCAGAGGAGGCUACCUGCUUUCUCCCUUUCCAAUUUUGUUAGAGGGGCUCAUGCCGAAGGCCUGGCACGAGAACGGAUACAGGCGACUCCCAGUCCAUUCCAUGAAUUGGACUGAUGACAUCACCAGCGUCCGGGGUGGUGGGGGCUGUGCUCCUUCGGGCGUCGCCCUCCCCCAGCGAUGAGCUCGCACCUUACCGCGAUGCCGGGGUUCAGUAUCCUUGCGAAAGGAGAAGCCAAGACGAGCUCAAUGUACGUAGCCUUCUUACUCAAUGUCAACUCUUGCUAAACUGCGUAAUGAACGAUACAAAUUCA